CAAAGGGCACUUUAGGGUAGUGCCCGAAAGUGGGCCGAAGACUUUGCCACGGCGCGAUGACAAUGCAAGGAGGCUGCACCCUGGGGGUCUUCAAGCUGGUGGAGGCUUGGCUGCCAAACCGGCCCCAGGUCCAAGAUGAGCUUCCCCAUGUGUGCAAGCUCGCGUCCAUGUUGGAGCCUGAGCUCUACAUGGCUCAGGCGAUGAGAGCUCACAGGAAGAAAGAGUUGCACAAGCCAGUUCAUUCUUGUGAGCAGGUCUUGCCGACAAGCGGCAGGCAGCAUGACUCAGCUGCCUUUAUGCCUGGAGAUCUGAUCGUGCUUGGGGAGGUGCCUGGCUAUGUGGGCGCAACUGCCGUGGUCAUGGAGGUGACCCCAGUCGACUGCAAGGUGGCAAUCCUGGACGCUUCCCGCACGUCCACCGCGGAGCGCCACGUGCGAUCCUCUGACCUGCGCUUGAUCCACCAGCACUGGCGCAUCGGGGCCAGGCACGUGAUCGAAGGCCUCAGUCGGAUGAAGCACCUCAACGGUCUCAUUGCCACUGUGAGGGAACAUCGGAGAUACGGUCACCCAUGCUUCGUGCGCGGGGACUCAGGGGAUCGCAAGCUGCGGCUCUGCGUGCGCUGGGAAAACGCCGAAACCUCCGGCGCGCUGCUCCUGGAGACGCGGUUCCUCCGCCCAGAGAUUUCUGAGAGCUCUGCGAGCGAGAGGCCUCCGGACAACACGCUGCUCACGGCGAAGCGCCGGGCCGCAUCCUCGUCCGAGGACUGCGACAAGCUGAGCACCCCAUCCCUGCGAGCCAUCGACGAGUUAGAGCCCACACCGUGCCACGAGUCCCAGGUCGAGAGCGUUCGGCCGCUGCCCAGCUGCUCCAGCAGCUUCCUGACCACCUUGUCCUGGCUCGUGGGCGCGCACACGCGGCCCGUAGAGGACGAGUUCCCCACGGUGAUCCGCUUGUCCUCCGUGCUGGCGGCGGAUGACCCGCAGCCCCGGGAGCAGCUGUCUUGGCUCCUGCCCAUUGCGGAAACCGAAGACGACGCGGAGCUCAUCUCAGAACCCACGGAGGUGCACAGCUUCGCGGAAGUCCAGCCCGGGGAUUUGGCCCUGCUGGACCGAAGCUUCCAGCCCGCCAAGUACGCCAACACCUUUGCGGUGGUCAAAGGUGCGGACCCUUCGGGCUUCACCGUUGCCAUCCUGGACACGUCUCGCAGCGUCUUCGUGGGCGAGUGCUAUGCGGGCUUGGCGGAUAUCCAGCUGAUCCAUUCGGACUGGCGGAUCGGGCGGCGCGUGGUCCUGGGCGGGCUACAAAGCAGUCACAUGACGCACCUCAAUGGACUGUCAGCAGUCAUCUGCCCUCACAAGCGACAUGGUCACCCAUGCUUCGUCCAGAAGCCCAGUGCGCCGAAGACCGGGGAGUGGCUGACCUUGUGCAUCCGCUUUGAAGAUGUGGCCAAGUCCAAGAUGCACGCAGUUCUCCUCGAACCCCGGUUUUUGACCCCGGACGAGAAGGGCGCCUUUACACCGUGUGGCACGCCUGCGCACGUGCCAAAGUCGAUGUCUUUGAAUGACCACCGGACGUACCAGAAGCAGAUGUCGGGCACAUCCCAAGGCAGCCUCAAGAGGCCCUCGCUUCAAUCCAAGCAGCCGAAGCUCGGCCGCUACCAGAAGUCGAGCACCAUGUCGUCGACCUCGCCUGGCUCCGUUUUCAGGCAGUGGUCCUCUCCAUCGCUGGAGUCAGGCGACUCCAGAAUGAGCUUCCGCGAAAGGAUGCCAGAGGAGGAUGUCGCAAUGGAGAUCAAGGAGUUGAAGGAGUCCCUCCGAAGUCUGGCCAGAGAAGGCUAGCGCUGAGUUGUGCCUUUAAACCUCGCUGAGGUUGUAGUUUCGAAGAUCUUCGGCGCAAAAGCGCUUGCGCGCAGCGUGAGAUAAGAUUCCGACCAUUCGAGUCCUAUGUUUCUGGGUGUGCUUUCAGAAUUAUAGCCCUGACUGAGCAUUCUGUCUUCAAAGGGGACGGAAUGUGUGCACCAGAAUUGGCUGACACGCUCGCUUGCUUUCGCAGGAGAA